AUGUCGGAUAAAAGCCCAGCACCCCAGAGAAACCCCAUCACAGCUUUUCUGGAGCUUGAACUAGACAGUGAAAUUGAAAUCGGUGAUUAUUCAGAAUUUGAAGGAUCUGGAAUUAUGUCUGAUACAGCAGCAGAUAACCCCUGUGUGGACCGUGCGUUUGUGGGUCAGACUCUGUACCGAUGUCUGGGAGAUUUCAUGAAGGAGGCGUACGUCGCCAAGAUAGAACAGCGAGAGAUGCACCGCCAGAAAAAGUGCACAUUAUUUGAAGAAGGCUUCAGAUGUUUUGAGAGUAAAAUCCAGAGGGAUUACGGCGACCGCUGCACUGCGCAUGAUCUGUACGACACAGCCUCCUGGUUCAAGAGAGAGGUGUUCACAGACUUCGGUGUUGAUCUCCGGGCAUGCCAAUAUCCAGCCCUACCACCCACCACCGUCCCAGCACCACCCUCAGGCCAGCCUGGAUUUGUCGACAUCCGGGAGAAGUCUCAGGUUGCCAUGGUAGCCGGCAUUGUUCUGGGAGUGGCCGUCAUGUCUCUCCUCGUCAUGAUCUUCUUCGUCAUCUUCAAAAGGAGAAUUCUGGGCGCUACCGCUCAUUGCCAGGAAUCUCAGAUGGGAAAGAGGAAACCCCAAAUAGCUCCCCCAUCCCAAGGCGCUCACCAACAACAUUGUCGGGUCAACAUCACAGAUACUCGUUCUACACUGACCGGACUGAGUUCUGAUCACAGCCUCCAUCACUAUACUAGCUAUGAGUCUGUUCCUGCUCAACGUGCAGCAUCUCAGCACAUCUACACGGAAAUUGACACCAUCGCCGAGCACCUUACGGGACCACCCGAGGACGUCACCAGGGUCGCCCCUAUCGGCUGUUCUACCUUUAUGACUGGGUACAUGCCACCGGAUUUUUCAUGCCAGGGAUACAACGGUUAUCACAAUCCUGUGAAGGACAUGACUGUGGAAUACGUCGCUUCCGGUGGAUACUACUCCCAUGCGCAUGCUCCAGUGUACCAGUCUACCACAGUGCCUCUUUAAGAGGGUGAUUCAAAGACCCCACCCAAUCAUUAUGAAAUGUGAUACCCCCAAAUAGUGCCGAAAUCCAAUGUGUGUUCCUAUAGUUUCACCUUAAAAACUUUAUAGAAACUUUUGCAAAUGAAGACAUUUCCUUACAUGUAUAUAUCGUAUGUUGAUGUUGAAUUCGUUUGUUGCUAUUUAUUCAGAGUUUAUGAACAAAUAAAUAUUGAUUAUUAAAA